UGGUGCAUUACGUUUAUUGCUGGUCACAUGAUCUUGAGUUGAGGUGACAUACGGACAUCUACCGACUAAACAUCGAAUAUUACAAUGGCUUGUCCGAUCUGUGGACCGAAAUUGUCGGCGUAUUGCAUGGUUCUGAGUGUAUGGGCAAUCAUUAUGUUGGGUCUGCUCGGUCUGUUCUUUUACAUCCGAAGCCCAGCAUUGUUUGAAGACAUUCCUUUGGGAGACUGGGAGAAGAAUAACUACACCUACAGCUAUGUGAAGGAGAAGUACGAGCAGAAUGCCAUGAACUGCUGGAUCGCUGCCGGCCUCUACUUCCUCCUCCUCAUCUUCUCCUUCACACAACAAAGAAUGAACUCCCGAGCUAACUAUGAGCUGUCAUAGACAACAACAACAACAACAUGUACAUUCUGGAACCCAAACAAGUAUCAAUGCGGACAAGAUGCCUGGGUUGGUUCAAUUUGAUAAAGUGAAGUCUAGCAAACCCAAGAAUCCAUGAAACAUCAGCAGAUAUGAAAGAUAGUUUAGUUGCAGUAGGAGUCAAGGACUUAUUAAUUGUAUGUAAUACAUUGUUGACAUAUCCCACUCCAAGAUGUAGCCAAGAACAAACUUGUGUAUUACUGUCAAUCAAAAGGAAGGAACUGGGUUGACUUGUAUAUAACCAAUACUAAAUAUUUGUUUCAGUUGUUUAUGGUUAUGCAAUUCUUAUAAUUGUAUGCUGGAAAAAAACAACUAAGUACUCUCUGCUCUAGCCUGAAAUAUAUCAUCAUGAAAAAUAAGUUGCACUGUCAACAAUUCAAAAUUUGUAUUCACCCAAAGGCUGUCUUUAGCAUCAGGCAUAUUGUUUCAGUGAAGAGCUAUGAAAAUAUAUUUGAGAAAUGCAUUCUUUAGUGAUGAUUAUCAUAAUGUGUCUAUGUGGAAACGUUUUAUUUAGAUGAUACUAGAUCUGUGUAGUAAUCUGGGGAGAAAUGUCCUCUUAAUAGCAAAAAGAGUCUCCAUCAGUUGUCAAAAUUUUAGGUCAAUAUUAGCAUGAUUAGUGCAUCUCUAGUAAUCUUGUGGUGUCGGUACAUUCCAUGGCAUGUUUAUGCUUUAGAUGGGAGAAGUUGAUUGUGAUCACAUGUUUAAUGCUGACUUCCUGUAUAUAUGUGGUGCAUAAUUGUGUAUACAAGUGAUUGCCUAGUAAAUCAAAUUAUCAUAAUCUUUCAUUGAUGUUAAUUUUUUCCUAAAAAUGUCAACAAUUUAGAACGAGGAAAAUUAUGUCAAAGGGCUAUUUACACUGUUAAUAUUCUCUUUUCUUGGCAGUUUUGGUGUCUGAACUGUCACUAAGUGUCCGGUGAAUGUACCAUCAACUGUUAUUCUGGUAAUAUGAGGAUAAUAAUAAUGUACCUGUUAGACAUGGAUACAGAUGACUUCUUCAACCAACAGGACAGCAUUCAGUUAAAGAACGUUUUGUCCACUGAACCAAAACUUGUUUUUGGAGAAGAUUUCAGUAGAAUAUUGUAAUCACAUUAUGGAUAUACGCCAAGCUUACUAGACCAAAAUACAUUUUAGCAGACUCUGCUUCAAACUUGUGUCUGUAUUAUCAAUGCUGAUCUUUAGUUUCUGUCUUGUCGAAUGUUUUUGUCUUUGAUUGUUUUGCAAUACCACCAAUUUCACCUUCUUGUAUUGCUUGUCUGCAAAGUCAUCUGUAUCAUUUCAGAGUUCUGUUCAUCAACCUAAAUCAUCAACAGUAAUCAAUAUUUUAAAACGUGGUAUGAGUUAGCUAUUGCUUAUUUCUGUAAUGUUUUGUUGAUUUGAUGUCUGUGUUGUAUUCUUGAUGAGACAUUAGGGGUGUGAUGGUGAAUUCACCUGGCAAUCUGACACAUGAUACACUUACCCAUCAUUUGAUUUAUGUUUUAUUUCUGUAUCAGUUUUAAAAAGUAAUAUUUACGAACCUUUAGAAUAACCCGGUCUGAUAACUACAAAAUGUUUAAUCUGAUUGAUGCUUUAAGAAAAAGCCUAAGGCCAAAUUGACCAGUCAUGCAAGUACAGUACAAACUGGUUGAAAGCAACAAUCUCUUGUUAGCUGGGCCUCAUAGAAGAUAAUAAACUGUAUAAAUAAGUAUCAUGAAGCGUAUCAUCAUGACAGAAGUACUGUGAUAUGUACCGAUACUUGUGGUAUGUGUAUCAUGGCACUCCCAGUAGAUAUGUCACGUCUGUCCUGUCAGUUUUGAGUAAAAUCCAAUCACCUGUUUCAGGUAUGUUCAUGUCCCACAUUCAGACAUUAUUGUUUAUGGAGAAUGCAAAUAUGGCUGUGAAUUAAUAUGAAGUUGUACAUUUUGAACAUCACAUCAUGACUAUCAUUAUGGUGUAUCAGUGUUUUUGAAGUCAUGCAGAGUUGUGUCCCUUAGUUGCCAGGGUCUGCUGCUCUUAGUUUCAAUCCGUGGUUCACCCUGAGUAUGACAGGCCAUGCUUGCUGUAAGAGGCAACUAUGCUUCUCGUAUGGGGUGACUAAUGGGAUCGAGUGGACAGGUUUGCUGAUUUGGUUGAUGCAUGUCAUCAUAUCCCAAUUGCAUGGAUCAUGUCAAUCACUGGAUUGUCUGGUCAAGACUCGAUUAUUUACAAACAGCUGUCAUAGCUGGAAUAUUGGUCAGUGCGGCGGUAAACAACAAACAAAGGAUCAAGAUGACUUUUGAUAACAAAUGUUUACCUGUAAAUUCUUCAUGAAGUGCAUGAUUACAUCACGUUUGAAUAAAUGUGAAUUAUUGUAACUGGCACUCUUGGCAUCGUCAUCAUGUAUAUGAAUGUUCUUUCGUCUUCUCUUGAGGGGCGGUCGGGUAGCCCAGUGUUUAAAGCUUUCGCUCGUCACGCCGAAGACCCAGGUUUAAUUCCCCACAUGGGCACAAUGUGUGAAGCCCAUUUCUGGUGUCCCCCGCCGUGAUAUUGCUGGAAUAUUGCUAAAAGUGGCGUAAAACCAUACUCACUCACUCGUCUCCUAUUGUACAGGAUACACUGAAUACUCAGUGAUGUCUCUAGGUUUAAUUCCUCAAUAAUUUGUAUUAAAAUGAUACAUACUUUAUUUUAACUGAUGUGUCUGUACAAAAUGUACAGUUUCAUGACAUAUUUAAGUUUUUGAGUCACUCUGUAUGGGUAAUGAAGAAGCUCCUGCUAUGAGCUGAUUCAGCAGUACGCGGAGACUUGUUCCUGUUGUAUCAUAGAACUAUAUAGAACAAAUGUGUAAUAAAGUAUGGGUUAUUUCAA